GUGAGGCGGGAGCGCGGGGGAGGCGGCGGGGUAAAGCCGGCGGCUGGCGGGGCCCUGGGUCACUCCGAGGCCGGGCUGCGGGCGCGCACCAUGCCCACCUUGGACGAGGCGCUGCAGAGGGCGGGCGAGUUCGGGCGCUUCCAGCGGCGCGUGUUCCUGCUGCUGUGCCUCACCGGCGUCACCUUCGCUUUCCUCUUCGUCGCCGUGGUCUUCCUGGGCAGCCGGCCCGACCACGUCUGGUGCCGCGGGCCGGGCGCCGCCGCGCUGGCCGAGCGCUGCGGCUGGAGCCCCGAGGAGGAGUGGAACCGCACGGCGCCGGAGCGCGGCGGCCACGACCGCUGCCAGCGCUUCCUCCUGGAGGCGGCCAACGGCACCGCCGCCGGCGCGGCGCUCAGCUGCUCCGACCCGCUCGCCGCCUUCCCCAACCGCUCGGCGCCGCUCGUGCCGUGCCGCGGCGGCUGGCGCUACGCCCAGGCCCACUCCACGAUCGUCAGCGAGUUUGACCUCGUGUGUGUCAAUGCUUGGAUGCUGGACCUCACACAAGCCAUCCUGAACCUGGGCUUCCUGGCUGGAGCGUUCACCUUAGGCUAUGCUGCAGACAGGUACGGCAGAAUAGUCAUUUACUUAAUAUCCUGUUUUGGCGUUGGUGUCACUGGUGUAGUGGUGGCAUUUGCACCGAAUUUCCCUGUAUUUGUGGUCUUCCGCUUCUUACAAGGCGUGUUUGGAAAGGGGACAUGGAUGACUUGCUACGUGAUUGUCACAGAAAUCGUAGGUUCAAAGCAAAGGAGGAUCGUGGGAAUUGUGAUUCAGAUGUUCUUCACCCUCGGAAUCAUAAUUCUCCCAGGAAUUGCCUACUUUAUCCCCAACUGGCAGGGGAUCCAGCUGGCCAUAACGCUGCCCAACUUUCUCUUCCUCCUUUAUUACUGGGUGGUUCCUGAAUCUCCCCGCUGGCUGAUCACUCGGAAGAAAGGAGAUAAAGCAUUAAAAAUUCUGAGGAGCAUUGCCAAAUGCAAUGGGAAAUAUCUCUCACCAAAUUACUCAGAGAUCACUGUUACAGAUGAGGAAGUUAGUAAUCCAUCCUUUUUAGAUCUGGUGAGAACUCCCCAAAUGAGGAAGUGCACACUUAUACUUAUGUUUGCUUGGUUCACCAGUGCAGUGGUCUAUCAAGGACUCGUCAUGCGCUUGGGGAUCGUAGGAGGUAACCUUUAUAUCGACUUUUUUAUCUCGGGAGUCGUGGAGCUGCCAGGAGCCCUGUUGAUCUUACUGACCAUUGAGCGUUUUGGACGCCGCCUUCCCUUUGCGGCCAGCAACAUAGUGGCAGGAGUGGCGUGUCUCGUCACGGCGUUCUUACCAGAAGGGAUACCAUGGCUGAGGACCACGGUUGCUACCCUGGGACGACUGGGGAUAACCAUGGCCUUUGAAAUUGUUUAUUUGGUAAAUUCAGAAUUGUACCCAACAACAUUACGAAACUUCGGAGUUUCGCUCUGUUCAGGUUUAUGUGAUUUUGGGGGAAUCAUAGCCCCUUUUCUGCUCUUCCGGCUAGCGGCCAUUUGGCUGGAACUGCCUCUUAUCAUCUUUGGUAUCCUGGCAUCUGUCUGCGGUGGCCUUGUGAUGCUUUUGCCUGAAACCAAGGGCAUUGCCUUGCCAGAGACAGUGGAUGAUGUAGAAAAACUUCGCAGCCCACAUUCUUAUCAUUGUGGCCGGAAAAAGAAAACCCCCGUGUCCAGCUCUCAUCUGUGAGGCCCCCGCCACAGACAAAGGGGAGGAGCUGCUAGGCUCGCCCCAAGGACCCGACGUGCCUUGCGGAGACGCGUGUGUGUCCAUGUCAGCGGCGCUGCACUGUGCAGCUCCAGGUGUUUUCAAUACUUUACGAAGACAUUCAAACUAUGCAGAGUAUGUUUAUAUAAUUUGGGGUAAGAGGUUUUUUUCUGACGUUGGAGCAGUGUCUCUGACCAUCAGUCACAGACAGACCAGAGAAUCCCCCACCCAAUUCUCAUAGCAGCUCUUUCCAGAAUGUAGGGUGAGGAACUAAGGACCUGGGGAAAGUGUACAGAAACGGGGUCAUCUAACCUGACCAGGGACCCAGGCCCCGGGCUGAGUGUUCUGAGAUGCAUGGGAGGAGGGAGACUGGGGGUGCUGUUCAUCAGGAGACUGGGGCACACAGUCCAAGCCUUGGCAUUCCCUCCUCACCUUGAGCUCCAUGGGCCCUACAUCACCUGGGUCGCAGGUAUGCUCAGGCCUCGUUCUGUAAAUAAGAACCAGGCUGCUGCUGUAUGGUUUGGGGGCUUGGCUCCAUUCUUUAUAAAAUCAGGUUUGGUCCUGAGAUGACUCGGGAUAGUUUUGGCCCUCCUUCAGUGGCACCUGGUCACAUAGCCAGUUCUUCACCGAACAAAACCCAUGGAUUAUGAGUUCAUGGGUCUUAAGAUUUUACCCAUAAAGGGAUAUUUAUUUUUGGGAGUUCGGUUCUGUGACGGUGCCCAUGGUCAAGAGUGAAAAACGUGGACAAGUCUCAUUCAAUCUUGACACUUUUCACUUGUUUUGGGAAGUAGCUUACACCUUAAUUUGAAAGAAAGGCCAAUCAUAUCCAUGCUUAAAAGAAUUAGCAGAAACUUUCUAAGUGACUUUAUAGAUAUUAAUAAGGGAAUUGACCUUUCUUGUUUGUUACUGAGACUUUUGACAUGUGGAGCUUAAAUGCAAACAGCUAUCUUUUUUUGACAUUUUAUAUGUUAUAUUUUCAGAUUCAGUAUACAUCCUAGUUAGAAUUUUUUUAAUGAGUUAUUUUGUAUGGACAGGCAAAAUGGGCGCCAAAGGGAAACUCUGCCUGUGAGAAAGAAGAUUUCUAUGUGAACACGUGACAACAUGUGCCGUGUGUGCUAAUUGUAAAACAAAAUUUCACAGGAUGAACAUUUUUAAGGAUUAAAAUAACACGGAAUACUUAAAACACAUUAGAAUUGAAUAUGAAUGUUUUAUUUUUCCAUGAAAUCAACACGGCUCUUUUUGAGGUUGUAACACUGCGUUCACCCUCCAUUCACACACACUCGCUUUUGGCUUUCUCUGCAUUUCGCUUUACUGAAGGGUGACUGCUGUUCCUUGAUACUACCACCUUUGCAUUGUAUUUUGAGUUGAUAUUUUGGUUCUGAUAACAAUAAAAAAAUUUUAAUUGUCAAGAAAAAUCGUUUAUCCUUUCUCUUCCCUUGGAACAGGUGUCACUGUGAAACCCUAUUUCCAUGUGACAGUGUCUACUGCAUGCCUGGAAGUCAGUUAGUGACGGGAAUUAACGGCCUGCCUUCCAUAUAUGCUCCUUGCCCCUCUACAGGCCCUUCGCACCAUUCCUAGACCACAUGGGACCCAGAAUAACAUUCAGACUCUUAGCUGGUCUUGUAUUCCAUGCCACUGCCCCGUUCCCUCCCCGAGAUACAGCUCUGCCCAGUGUCCCCUGGGCCGGGCUAAAGUCAUGUUAUCAGUUACAGAUUCCACUCCCAAGAAUACAAUUUGUUCUCAUGACUCUUCAUACCCAUAGCAGCUUUGAUAACAUUCAUCUCCAGAAACAGAGACAGUAAAGAUAUGUGUCAAGCUGUCUUUCACUGACAAAGUAAAUCUAUGGGGAACUUCUUAGUCCUAUCUGCAGCUAUUCCUUAUGAGAAAAAGCGUAGCCGCUUAAGCCUAGAGUUACACUAUUUGAAAUUGGUAGGAUGCACGAAGAACAUGAAAAUGAUGAAAAUAAAAAUAAUUAAGUCAAAGUAAAUAGAGUUUAUUUUCAACAAAUGUCAUAACUGUGUUGCCUUAUUACAGAACCCAGCAGUCCACAGACAG